UGCAUGUAUCGGAGCCUCGCAUGUGACGAUCCGCUAAGGACAGCUCGGCGCAGCCUGCCACGGGCACCGGGAGGAAAACAGCGAAAGGGAAAUUCAGCGGAGCCCCGGACCGGCAAAGAAAGGCAGGCAAGCAGAAGCCGAGCGGCCCGGCUUGUAACUCAUAGCCCCCACCCCAUCCCUCCCCUCUCCUCUCCUCUCCCUUCCGCCCCCCGCACCCCCCGCUUCUCCUCCGUUACCGGUGUCCCCUCUGCUUGGCUCUGCCUUCGGAAACUGGAAAUUGAAUCGAGCGGAGCGACAGGAGUGCCAGGAGUGACAAGUAGCGAGCCGCCGUCCCGACGUCUCAUCCGUCAUCCCGUCCCGGGGAUGGGCCGGGGGCAACACAGACUGGCAGCGAUUCCCCUGCGACGGACCUAACGAUUCCAGCUACAUGGGCAAACGACUGGAGCAUCGACCAAUGUACCCUCAGUACACCUACUACUACCCUCAUUACAUCCAGACCAAGCAGUCCUAUGCCCUGACUCCUCAUCCCAUGGCGCCCCCCAGCCCGAGCACCAACAGCAGCAGCAACAGCAGCAGCAGCAGUGAGCAGCUGAGCAAAACCAACCUGUACAUCCGAGGCCUCCCACCGGGCACCACCGACCAGGACCUCAUCAAGCUCUGCCAACCAUACGGAAAAAUCGUUUCAACGAAGGCGAUUCUGGACAAAAACACGAAUCAGUGCAAAGGUUACGGCUUUGUGGACUUCGACAGCCCAGCAGCGGCCCAGAAAGCAGUGGUGUCCCUCAAGGCCAGCGGAGUGCAGGCCCAGAUGGCGAAGCAGCAGGAGCAGGACCCCACCAACCUGUACAUCUCCAACCUGCCCGCCUCCAUGGAUGAGCAGGAGCUGGAGAGCACGCUGAAGCCCUUCGGCCACGUCAUCUCCACACGCAUCCUGAGAGACGCCAGCGGCAUCAGCCGAGGAGUUGGCUUCGCCAGAAUGGAAUCAACUGAGAAGUGUGAAGUUGUGAUUCAGCACUUCAACGGGAAGUACCUGAAAACUCCGCCAGGUGUGCCAGCCCCCAGUGAGCCUUUGCUGUGCAAGUUUGCUGAUGGUGGGCAGAAGAAGAGACAAAGUCAAAGUAAAUACUCGCAGAAUGGCAGACCCUGGCACAGAGACGGAGAGACGGGGAUGGCACUAGCAUAUGACCCUACAGCUGCCAUGCAGAAUGGAUUCUAUUCAACGCCAUACAGCAUCGCCACCAACCGAAUGAUCGCCCAGACAUCAAUCACGCCAUUCAUCGCCGCCUCGCCAGUCUCCACAUAUCAGGUCCAGAGCACGUCCUGGAUGCCCCAUCAGCAGUACGUCAUGCAGCCCACAGGUCCCGUCAUCACGCCAGCAAUGGACCACCCCAUGUCAAUGCAGCCGGCCACCAUGAUGGGCCCCCUCACUCAGCAGAUGAAUCAUCUGUCGUUGGGUACAAGUGGCACGUACUUGACUGCUGCAGCUGCACCUAUGCAAGGGACUUUCAUGCCCCCCUACACUCCUGUGCCUCCAGCCGCUGUUCCUGUCGAGGUAACGCCGGAGCUGAAGAACGUCACUCCGGAAGCAUUGCCUUGAACCCCGAGGCCUACGCAGAAGAGGACGCUGCAUUCCGGGGCACCCAGGGAGCCCUUUUCUUCUUUUUUUUUUUUCAUGUCUUACUGUGCCCGAUGAAAGAGGAAAAAAAAAACAUAAAAGAAAAGGCUGGGGGUGCGGCGGGCCGACGCGUCACUUUAGUGUCACCCACAAAGCCGCCUGAAGUUUGAAGAAGAAGUCGGGAAAAGCAAACAACCGAAGCCGAGGAGUUGAGGAUCGGCGUCUUCCUGCGGUUUGAACCCGAGUCUUCGUCGUCUCCAUUUGUAGGGUUUAGAAAAAGACGCAUUGCUUUUUGGGUUUGCAUUGUCUUUGUUGCCUUAAUUGUAAGGACGUCGGAGUGGCAGGAUGGUGGGGCCGCUCCGGAGCGCAGAGCAGCUGUGACUUUACUGCUGAAUGGCUGGCUGAGCACAUUAAAGAGCCGAAAACGAGACAACAAAAGGACAAAAAGGACAAAAAGAAGGAAGAGAACGCAGCGCCGAGGGGACGGGAAGGCAGCACUUGGGGGUCCCUCACUGCAUUUGAUGGCGUCUCUGCUUUUGAUCCGCAACGUUUUUUACGAGCUUCCCGAGUUUUUAGUCCGCUCUGCUUGUUAGAAUUAAAAGCAAAAUGUAGCGUAGCCAGGAGCCCACGGCUCAGAAAUCAAAAAAUGAAUCAAUAAAACCGACGAGUCCAAAAGCAAUAGAUCGGGGACAUUGGUGACAAUUUCUGUAGCCUUCCUAGUUGUUUAUACCAAAGACCAAGUGACACUCGCCCCGAGGAUGAGGGCAACAUGGCAGCGCCACUCGCUCUGUUUCGUUCCAUUGUUCUUCCACUGGCGUCCAAGCAGACGUGUGCCCCCCGCACCCACCGGUCCAAAGUCACCGCUUGAGCGUCCCCUCUGGCCGGCGAUGCAGAGGUGGCCUGCAGUGUCACACACUCACAUUCAUUCACCCUCUGAGCUCCUCUUCCUCCAUGAAUUCCCCGUUUUCUGGGUGUUCCGCUCCCUGACAGUUCAUGGGGACGAGGACACCCACUGGUGACAGGCUGCAGCUACUUGGGGGUCCGGCCUGGCCACGUCGUCGCGAUCCCCAGAGUGAGCAGACGCCGACGUGACGUCGGUGGGCUUCCUUUGGCUCCUGGCUGCGGCGCUUUGGGUGUUCUGAGGUGCUCUGGGCUUUCUUCUGAUUUCUUCUUCAUCUUCCUCUUCUUCUCACUUCUUACUAAUAAACAGGACUGUGCCUUUCUGUUGC